AUGGACCCCUCCACAUAUACCGAUCCCCAGCUCACUUACCAGGAUCGACUGGUAAUUGAUGCCAUUGUUGAGCCAACUCCCAGUUCAGAUGACCAAUCAAAUGACCAGCCCAUUGACAAGCUGAGCGUCGAAGAAACAGUCCAGAGGCUUCACAACCUGAAUGAUCCCUCUCAUGUGGACUUUGAUCCAACAGUCUCCCAAUUCUGGGAUACUCCGCUGCUGCGGGCGGCGUUACCGGCGCCCAUCCAGAAAUACGUCCUGACCCCAUACAUCAACUGGGCCAAGAGCGUCGUGCGCUACAAAACAGACGUGGUCAUGGUCACGCAUCUUAUACUGUACUUCACAACCAUCGUACCAAGCGCUGCUUUCCUCUAUUACCGUUUCUCCUACCUGCAUGGCAUCCUGCACUGGCUCAUGCAACUAUUCUAUUGCGGCGCUUUCACCCUCAUGAAACAUCAGCACAUCCACAUGAACGGAGUGUUGGCGCCGAAAUUCUGGCUCUUCGAUACUCUCUUCCCCUACCUGCUGGAUCCAAUGCACGGACACACGUGGAACUCAUACUUCUACCACCACAUCAAGCAUCAUCAUGUCGAGGGGAACGGCGGCGAAGACCUGAGCACGACGAUGUACUACGACCGCGAUAGCAUCCCCGACUUCCUGACAUACGUUGGCCGCUUUGUCUUCUUUAUCUGGCUGGAACUGCCGCUGUACUUUUGGAGAAAGGGGCAGUUCAAGUAUGCGGCCAAAUGUGCAUUUUGGGAAAUCGGUAACUACGUUGCUAUUUACAUGCUUUACAAUUAUGUCAAUGCCCGGGCUACGACGUUUGUGUUUAUUCUCCCGCUCACUGUCAUGCGCCUGGGCUUGAUGGUUGGCAAUUGGGGCCAGCAUGCUCUUGUGGAUCCAGCUGAUCCUGACUCGGAUUAUCUGUCGAGUAUUACGCUGAUUGAUGUUCCGAGUAACCGAUUCUCCUACAAUGAUGGGUACCACACUUCUCAUCACUUGAACCCGCGUCGACACUGGAGAGAUCACCCCGUCGCUUUUCUCGAGCAGAAGGAUCGUUAUGCGAAGGAGAAUGCUCUGGUAUUCCGGAACGUCGACUAUAUCUUCAUCACCGUCAACCUACUCCGGAAGAACUACGACUACCUUGCCAAAUGUUUGAUACCUAUCGGCGAUCAGGUUAACUGGACACACGAAGAACGAGUGGAAAUGCUGCGUCGUCGGACGCGUAAAAUCCCCAGGCCGGCUUCAAAGAAGAGCAAGUAA